AUGGCGUCCGUUGAAGCGAUGUGGGAAGAGUGGGUGGUCAGGGCAUUCGCGAGGGUCAACAACAACUUUUUGAGCUACUUGCCCAAGGUGUGCCUCGCCAAGCCCAGCGCCGAGGAGGAUCCUCUGGCCGACGUCGAGACGUUUGACGGCCCCGGCCCUUGGGACCGGACCUUGCUGGAGGUGGAAGUGGAGGACCCCACGGCCCCGGCGAAGGACGGCGAACCGGCUCGGAACCGGAUGCUCCUCUUCUCCGCCAACGACUACCUCAACCUCAGCACCCAUCCGGCCGUCCGCAAGGCGUCCGCGAAGGUAGGCUUUCGAGCUCGCUCCCGUUGGAGGUAGAAUAAUGUCCGUCGCGCGUCGCGGUAAUCGGUGACCGAUUCUGAUUCUGUACACAAAUACCGAACAGGCGGCUCUGGCGUUCGGAAUGGGUCCGCGAUCGUCAGCUAUGGCCAGUGGCCAGACCGAGUACCACCGGCGGCUGGAGAAUGUCCUGGCGGAGAUGCACAAGAAGGAGGCGUGCGUCGUAACCCCCACCGGAUUCGCAGCAAACACUGCCUUCCUGUCGGCGCUCGGAGGCGUCGCCACUCAUAACGCUGCGUCGAGGAGGCCGGCGGCGCACGAGAAGAUCGCCGUGUUCUCUGAUGCCUUGAACCACGCAUCCAUAAUCGACGGCCUCCGGAUGAUGGAGCGGCAUCAUCAAACCGUCGUUUCCGUGUACAGGCAUAGCGACAUGCAGCAUCUAGACGAGCUCCUCUCAAACUGCCCUCUCGAGAGGAAGGUGGUCAUCACGGACAGGUAACACAGACUGAGUUGAUAGCGGCGACCGAUCUCCGUUCGGCAACAUCUUCUUCUCGCUGCUCCUGUGAAGCUUCCGUGCUAAGAGGCCUCCUCCUUUCUUUGCAUGGCGCAGCUUGUUCAGCAUGGAAGGGGACUUCGCGCCGAUGCUUGACCUCGUGCAACUCCGGAAGAAGCACCGGUUCCUAUUCGUCAUCGACGAAGUGAGUCAUUCGCUUUGUGUUCUCUGGGCGUCGGGGCCGUCUUCUUUACCGUCUCCCUCUCCCGAUCCGGACUGACCCUCGCCGCGUUACAGGCGCAUACGGCGUUUGUGUGCGGGAGGAAUGGCGGCGGUAUCGGAGAGGUUUACGGCAUCGAAGAUCAGAUCGACGUCAUCGUCGGGACACUGAGCAAGGCCGGGGGAUGCCUGGGCGGAUUCGUGGCCUGCAGCCAAAAAUGGUCGGACCUGGUCCGGGUGACGGGCCGUCCCUACAUUUUCACGACAGCUUCCCCCUUACCCGUCAUCGCGGGCGCCUACGGUACUGAUCGCAGCGUCCAUUCCUUCCGCCACUAGUCGUCCGUUCUUCUUCGUCAGAUAGACUUAACCGCGUGAUUGUCACCACUGCCCUGCGUCAUAUAUUUAACGCAAUUUUUCUCUACGCGCGUUGAUCCCCUGCAGCUGCUGUGACGGUGGCCAAGAAGGAGGUCUGGCGCAGGCAAGCGCUGUGGAACAGAGUGCAGGAAUUCGCGACGUUGACGAAGCACCCCGCAACCAGCCCCAUCCUUUCGCUGGUGGUCGGCUCCGAGGACGCCGCUAUCUAUGCCAGCAAGCACAUGCUGGAGCGUGGCUUCCACAUCAUCGCCAUCAGGCCGCCGGCUGUCGCCCCCGACGCCUGCCGGUGAGUUCUCAUUUCCUCUCCCUUCCUCUCCCAUCAUUCUUCAUUUUUCCUGCCACUGCCCCCCCCCCCCCCUUCCCCCGCCGUCUUCCAGUACCCCUGACCCUAGUCGAUGAUUUUUGCGUCUUCCAGGCUGAGGGUCACCCUGACGACCGGGCAUUCUUCGGAAGACGUGAGAAGGCUCGUGGCCGCACUCUCGGAAUGCAUCCCCGGACUCAACCGCCCCGCAGAUCAAGUCGUGGCGAGGCUGUGA